AACCAACGGCUCCAGUCUGCUGCAGCCACAACAACAGAACCACAGAACCAGAGGAACCAGAGAACCCGACAGAACCCGACAGGACCAGAGAACCAGAGGACCACAGGACCAGAGAACCCAACAGAACCAGAGAACCAGAGAACCCAACAGGACCAGAGAACCCAACAGAACCAGAGAACCAGAGAACCCAACAGAACCAGAGAACCCAACAACAACAACAGAACCAGAGAACCAGAACCAGACCAGACGCCAGUAUGAUGCGUAAAGACGUCAACAAGCCGAAGGGGAAGACGUCGGCGUACGCCUUCUUCGUCCAGACGUGUAGAGAGGAACACCGCAAGAAGCACCCAGAGCAGUCCGUCAACUUUGCAGAGUUCUCCAAGAAGUGCUCCGAGAGAUGGAAGUCUCUGACUGCCAGCGAUAAGAAGUGUUUCGAGGACAUGGCCAAGGCCGACAAGGUCCGGUACAACAGCGAGAUGAGGGACUACAUCCCCCCCAAGGGCUUCGGGAAGAGGGGCCGCAAGAGGAAAGACCCCAACGCACCCAAGAGACCCCGUAAGUCUGCGUUCUUCGUGUUCUGUAGUGAGUACCGUCCCAGUGUGAAGCAGCAGUACCCGGGUCUCUCCAUAGGAGACUGUGCCAAGAGACUGGGAGAGAUGUGGAGCAAACUGACCCAGUCUGAGAAGGUGCCCUACGAGGAGAAGGCCCAGAAACUACGGGAGAAAUACGACCGGGACAUGGUGGCGUACCGCGGCGGUGGAACGUACGCCAGGAACCCCGGUUCCUCAGCUCAGGGAGAGGAGGAGGAGGAGGAGGAGGAGGAGGAGGAGGAGGGGGAGGGGGGGGGAGGAGGAGGAGGAGGAGAGGAAGAGGAGGACGACGAGGGAGAAGACGAGGAUGACGAUGACGACGACGAGUAGAGAGGAAGAGCUGCAGCUGGAUGAGAGAGAGAGAGAGAGUGUGUGUGUGUGU